ACCAAUUUUACUUGGUCAUAAUGUUGAUAUCUAGUUGAUUUUUGUCCCUUCAGAUCUAAGCCCUUGAGGUUUAAUUUCUUUGGGGACCUGCUUCUAAAUAAUUGUAAGAUCCUGGGAUCAGGUGUUCUAAUUUUGUGAAGUAAGUAAGCCAUUGUUUGGAUCAAGUCUUCUCUCCUUGUAUCUAGGCCCAUCAGGGUAUGAGGUUCAGCUUUUGCACCAAUUCUCUAGAAAAAUCAUGCAUCUCAGAAGGUUCAUUGUCAUGAAGGCUGUUUAAAUUUCUUCUACAUUCUAGAAAAUGAUCAUUGCCUUGAAGUAAAUAAAGAAGAUGCAGAAAGGAUAUUCUUAAGGAUGCAUACACGAUCCAAAGAGUUCAAGGAUACGGCACCUUCAAAGUUUUGCAGUAUGUUUGCACAACCUCCUAGACAUAAAACUUAAGAGUAUUAUUUCUCAGUUCAAUAUUUCCAAUCAUAUGUUACAGAGAUUCUAAUUGACCAAUGGAAGAAAAGAACCAGACCACAGUGCUUGAAUUUUUCUUCCUGGGCCUUACAGAUUACCUCCAUGAGAAGAUUGUCCUCUUCAUCAUGUUUUUCUUUAUUUAUCUUAUCACCCUGGCAGGUAAUGUGGGUAUGAUCAAUCUCAUAUGGGUGGACCCAAGGCUACACACACCUAUGUACUUUUUCCUCAGCCAGCUGGCCUUUGUAGAUGUGUGCUCUUCUUCUUGUGUAGCUCCCAAGAUGCUGUGUGACAUUUUUGUGGAGAACAAAGCCAUCUCUUUUAUGGGCUGUGCAGCACAGAUGUGGUUCUUUGGUCUCUUUGUGACAACUGAUUGUUUCCUCCUGGCUGCCAUGGCAUAUGAUCGGUAUACAGCCAUCUGUAAGCCCUUACUCUAUACUCUCAUCAUGUCCAAGAAGGUCUGUAUUCAGUUUGUCAUAGGACCUUAUCUUCUAGCUGCUAUAAACAUCACAACUCAUACAACCAUGACCUUUCGCUUACCAUUCUGUGGUUCAAAUACCAUCAACCAUUUCUUCUGUGAUGUUUCCCCGCUGCUUUCAUUAGCAUGUGCUGACACAUGGAUUAACAAGGUGGUGCUUUUUGUCAUGGCUGGAGUGAUAGGAGUUCCAAGUGGCUUGAUAAUCAUCUUCUCCUACAUGUGCAUCCUGGUGGCUAUCUUGAAGAUCAAGACUGCUGACGGGAGACAGAAAGCCUUUGCCACAUGUUCUUCUCACCUGACAGCUGUCUCAAUUCUUUAUGGCACUCUUUUCUUCAUCUAUGUUCGACCUAACGCAAGUACUUCCCUGGAUAUUAACAAAGUGAUCUCUUUAUUUUAUACUGUGGUGAUUCCCAUGUUGAAUCCCCUUAUUUAUAGCUUGAGGAACAAAGAAGUGAAAAAUGCAUUGAAGAGAAUAUUGGAGAGGAAGAACUUUUUAACAGGUGCUUAAGAGAAUUCCCUUUGUGUGAAUCCUAAAACGUGGACAUAAACUUUAUGUUAAAGAACACUGAAAUGUGAAUCAGAGGCUACAUGAUGAACCUGGUAAUGUAAUUUUUAUUCUGUUUGAAAAGUUAAGAUAUUCUUACGUAUUUUUAUACUCUGUUUUUUUUUGGGAUGUGACAUUCCUCGCACAAUAUAGAUGUAGAUUGAGAAGCAAUACAAUUAAAUACUAGAAGAUAACUUGGGUGAAUAUUUAUAAAAAUGCUUGAUUAUUUUUUAUAAAAUUUUUAUGGAGUAUUUGGAAAUUUCACAUUGUGAGCCCUGAUCACACUGAUUUCCCAGUCCUCGCAGAUAUAUAUCUCCACCUUGUGACCUUUACCCCCCCCAAAAAAAAGAAAAGAAAAAGAAGGAACAGCAGCAGCAGCAGCAGCAGCAGCAGCAGCAGCAGCAGAAGAAGAAGAAGAAGAAGAAGAAGAAGAAGAAGAAGAAGAAGAAGAAGAAGAAGAAGAAGAAGAAGAAGAAGAAGAAGAAGA